CUGACUUUUAGCAAUGACUUUUAUGGUGUCCUUGUGCGUAGUUCAUCAUGUAAACAUUUAAUUCAUAUUAACAGAUUUUGAGCUGUAUUGAAUAAAAUGAAAUCUUUGCAGAUUCUGUCUGGGUUUGGUCAUGGUCAUCGUCGGUAUUAGUUACAUCCAAAUGUAAACUACUUAUGUUUCUGCAUGAUUUAUUUGACAAAACCUGACACUGAAGUGUGUCUGAAACAAGCAUGUAAUCUUGCUUGGAAUCUCAUCAGACAGGUUUGAACUCACUGUCUGGGAGAAAGAUAGGGUGGAGAGAGAAAGAGCUGAGGAGGGAGUCGGCCAAAAGCAACCACAUGUAAGAGUUUAAAUAAUACCUGUAAAACUGAACCAUCAGGAUACAACACAAGCACUGAUGAGAGACCACCGGAUAAAGCACAGACAAGCCUAACAGAGAACCCACUAAGCUGCUCCACAGGACUAAGAUAACAGGCAGCUAAGGAAGGAACAUACCACUGAAGAAGACACUUUAGCCAGUAGUGCCUCAUUCCAGUGUGAAACUGCUGAUUAGAGUGCCAUUUUUCCUUGUCUCCUCGUGCAUCUUUUGCCGUCCCCCUGCACAGCCAUGCCAUUCUCUCGAAGCUUCCUGUCUGAAGAGCAGCUGCUGUGCUCCAUCUGCUUAGACGUGUUUGACAAUCCGGUGUCCACGCCAUGUGGCCACAACUUCUGCAUGACCUGCAUCGGCCACUACUGGGACUCAGUGAAGCACUGUCAGUGCCCCCUCUGCAAGCAGACCUUCAAGAGAAAGCCAGAUCUCCAAAUUAAUCGAACUCUCAGAGAGAUCACUGAACAGUUCAAGCGGAUGAAGGGAAACCCGGGGACUUCUGGAAGGAACGAGGCAGAUAGAGAAGCUGAGGAAGGGGAAAAGACACAAGAGACAGUUGGUAGUACACUUAGGCCAGCCCAACUUCCAGGUAAUCUUCUUGAGGAAAUGAAGCAGAGACUCACACGGCACAGGGCACACAGCAAUUCUCUGGCCUCUCAGAAUGAAUCAUGGUCUGAACAAACUGUUACACCAAACACGGAUAGUACUAGUGACACCCAGCCACCUGGUUUUGCCAGACAGGUGUCCCUGCGAAGGUAUACCUUGAGUGGGGCGGCAGAUGCCAUGAAAGUCCCCCUUUGUCCAAAACAUCACCGAAACCUGGAGCUGUUCUGUCGAUCUGAUUCGGAGUGUGUUUGUGUUGAGUGUGGACAAACCGAACACCAGUCACAUGACAUCACAUGUGCCGAGAAAGAGUGGCAAAGUCAUAAGAUGAAGAUUGGUAUCACAGAGAACGAGAUGCAGGAGAUGACCAAGAACAGGAUGGAGAAAGUGGAGGAGAUCAAACAAUCACUAGUUCAUUUUAAAAUGCUGUCAGAGCAUGAGGUGCAGCGCAGUAUGCAGCUGUUUGGGGCUUUGAUAAGCUCCCUCGAGCGCAGUCAGGCCGGGCUGCUGGAAGUGACUGAGAUAAACCGUCUCUCAGCAGAGCACCAGGCUGAGCUCAUGAUCAGAGAGCUGGAGCAGGAGAUCACAGAACUGAGGAGGAGAAGCACAGCACUGGCCAAACUGGCCCAGUCUGAAAAUUAUAUCACCGGACUGAAGGGCUUCUCUGACAUCAGCACUCUCAAGGCAAUGAAAGACUGGACGGGUAUCUCACUGACCUGUGACCUUGGAACGAAAACAAUUUACACCUCUGCCUGUCAGCUACUGGAACAGUUUAAGGAGGAGCUUCAGAGAGUACCUGAAUUCUGCCUCUCUGUGUCCACUAGCCUAUCACCUGUGAAAUCACUCACAAAAGUGAAGAGAAUACAGGAAUAUGCAGUGGAUGUGACCCUGGACACCAACACUGCUCAUCCACGUCUCAUCCUAUCAGAAGACAAGAAGAAGGUGUGGUGUGGUGAAAAGCGUCAACAAGUUCCCAACAACCGUGAGCGCUUCGACUGUGUAGUCUGUGUCCUGGGCUGCGAGGGAUUCAGCAGUGGCCGAUACUACUGGGAGGUGGAGGUGGAUGGAAAGACUGACUGGGAUCUGGGAGUGGCGAGUCAUUCCUGCAACAGAAAGGGUAAGAUCGCAGUCAGCCCCAACAAUGGCUAUUGGUUUCUUAGCCUGCGGGACAAGAACAACUAUGCCUUUAGGACUGAGCCUUCCACUGCCAUUCCCCUGAGCCUGAGACCUCAGAAGAUAGGGCUAUUUGUGGACUAUGAAAAAGGCCAAGUGUCCUUUUAUAAUGUGGAUGCAAAGAUGCACAUCUACACAUUUAUGGACAUCUUCUCUGGGACUAUUUACCCAUUUUUCAGUCCCUGUACCAACAAAACAGGCAGAAAUGAUGCUCCACUGGUGAUCAAGCCUGUCCUUAUGGACUGAAGAGUGAGAUGUAAACAUUUUAUGAGCAAGCAUCCGAUACAAAAUGUUGUGGCAUUUUUUGCCUUAUAUAUGAUUUGUCUGCUGCUAUUGGCAAUUUCACUAAGAUGACACAUGACACUGUACAUCCUCUCUUUCCAGUUUUUGUUUUUGUUUUUUCUAUUUUAUGCAGAUUUGCAUUUGCUUUGUCCAUUCUCUGUAGAUCCAAUCCAUUUUGAUAAUGUUUAUUAUGCAAUGCUUGUACACUACUGGUCAAACCACUUUUUCUUACCCUCAGCAAAUAUAAAACAAUAAGAAAAAAAUAGCCAAAUCCCAGACACUUUAGAAAUCCCAGCCAGUCUGGGAAAAUUAAUGAAUGUUGUUUUGUUUUUAUAAAUGCUUCAUUCACUAUUGCAGGCCUAUACAGUUCAUUUGGCCUAAUUUUCUGUAAAGAUGAGUGUACUUGAAAAUGAUGAAAUAAACGUUGCGGUGUCAUAUGGCAAGUUACUGCAGGUAAUUUCUCUCUUUAUAACCUCACACCCUUUCUUUCUCUUUCAUAUAUCUAGUAGCUACCAAGACUGGGCCCUAUUUACAGCGGAGUGAGACUAAAGUUAUGCUGCUUAAACUUUCAUAAUACACUACAACCCCAGUGUGUCUGUUUAUGACACUUGUAAUCAACACUAACUGCCUUUACAUUGUUGUUUUUACCGCUCCAGGUAACUCCCAAACCAAAUCCUAACGGUAUUUUCUCUGUGUGCAUCGUUCGUGUUGAAGCAUGUCAAAAGUAACUGUCGGACUCGGACAGGAAAUACCCGAGGGCUCCGUGGAGUCGGCGAGGCUGCGUUUCCUCAACGCACCGCCAGGUGGCAGACAUACUGGUUUUAUAACUAUACUUUUUUUCCCUAACGUGAAGCAAACACGUGGUUAACUUCAUCUUCGCCAUCUAGCCAAACUGCCCUUUAUGACUUUUUAUUGGUAUAUAAAACUACAUAUAAAGCAAACUUCACAGAUGUCAACCUGUUUUUCCUUGCCAAGAUAUGCCACUGUCAAUCUGUUAAACUGAUCCAUAUAGAGAGCAUAAGACUGAGGCUUGUUGUCAAGCAAUGAAGCCUCACAACAGUAAUAUCUCAGUAUCUAGCUACAUUAUGUUUUAUAUAAUUGUUUUACUAUUAAAAUUUGACUGAAAACUUGUAAUAGAGUGCUUGACAACAUGCCACACUAUAUGCAAAUGUGGGGAGUAAUAUAGGAACUUUUUUUUGUUAGCAAAGACUUUAAGCCUUUUUACCUUUAUUUUCUAUUCAGGAAUUGACUUCCUACACUAAACACAGAAAGAGAAUUAUUAACUGAAGUACAAAAUUGUAACAUCUAGCUCCCUGAAUGCCUUAUUUAAUUCACCCACAUGCACUGAUCAUUAUUAUUAUCUUUUUUUUUCUUUCUUUUUUUUUUUUAAAAAUCAAUACACAAAAUGCGGUCAUAUUAAAACAUUACUUUUCUAAAGACUUUUUUUAGCAUUUAGUUUUUUAUUGUAUUUAAUGGAAACUUCUUGUUCAAGUUCUCUGGCACCGUCGGUUUCUGUGUUUUUAAAUAUUAAUGUAUACUAGUAACUUAAUAGUAUUGAUUAAUGUUUGCUAUUUUCACUCCUAAACAACUUUUUUAAUAAUUAAACAUGAAUUUCAGUAACUUGUAGAAUUAGAUGUACAAUCAAAUAUGCCAUGUGAACUUGAGAAAUAAAUGUGUGCAUUAAAUGAGAAUUUGAGGGAAAUUAUAAGGGAAAUUAAUAAAAAUAUAUAUCAGGGUCAAAAAUUAAACAGACAAAAAUUCCUUUUUUUGUUUUUGUUUUUGAAUAUUGAUGUAUUUCACUGAUAUUCUAUUCUAGGUCAAAUGGGCUAUGUGUACGGUGUAUGU